AUGACUGCCAUCACAUACUACUGGAAAAUCUCCGAGGCACAAAUGAGGGAAACUAAAUCAGUCCUCGGUAAUGCAAUACCUUCCCAACCAAAUACGAGAACAUUCAAGUAUUGGAGAGAGGGAACGAAAGAUUUUCAAGCUACAACAAGGGGUCAUCGUACUGGGACUCCAGAUCAUUUUGGCUCCACCUUUGUGCUUCUGAAGUAUAGAUUCCCCUAUACCAUACUGGCCGAUCCUGUUUAUCAGCCAUGUCGUAUUCACUCCCGUCGUUGCAAAAAACGCUCGUUUAGUGCGCACAAACCGGAUGAGAUGCAGACAGCUAGACAGUUUGAGCGAGAACAGGAUGACAAGGAUGAGCGAGCACCAAAUGCUGAUUCUGCAGAGCCGUCAUGUACUUACUGA